AACCGAUGUACUACCUUCACCCUCCUGCCAUAGACCCCCCUCACCGCGCUGUCGUUCGUUUUUUCUGUCUGGCCUUAGGUAUUUAUCGCAGGCGCCACUGCGUUUCUUUCUACACUACUCACAUUAUAUAUAAAUAUCUAUGUAUACAUAUAAUUUUUUGUUAACGUGUCGUCCAGGACAAGUAUUCUGUGCUCUGAAAGCGUCUGUACGAAAGGAAUCACCACAAAAUCCAUGAGACACUCGAAUAAUUAACGGGAUUUCAUUUGUUGAGGUUUUUUUUUUAUUAUUUAUUUCCUAUUGAGAAAAUUCUGCUUCAUCUUUUAAGGGGGUAAAGCCGAGGGCGACGCCUAACGGGGGUAUGUGCAGUUGAAGAGCAGAAAAUCUGCAAGACGUUAAGGGGUCAUUCAUACUUGGAAUUACUGGGCGCAUACGUGUGUAGGAGAAUCGGUGUGGACGAAGUGUGGAAAUUUUUUUUUUUUUCGUUUAUUAUAUCGGUGGAUGGAGCUGGAUGACGAGGAGGGUGGCUCAGGAGAAAGGGGGAUUUAGAAAAUCUACGAACCUGCAAAAUAUUCGCUUGGAGAAAAUCAAAUUCGUACGGACUCUGGAGAUCGAUAGUUAUUUUUUACAAUUCACAGGACAGAUCUAUGGGUGUCCAGUAAUUGGAAUAUUUCAUUGUUGGAUAAACUACGAGAUGGAAGAGAGACUUUUCGCAUAUUUUUCCCUCUUUCUUUACAUUCAUUAUAAUAUUCAAAGAGCUUCCACUUGUGAUUAGUCUUUUAGACAGAGUCAAAGAGGACCAAUUUUAAUGAAUUUAGUGACAAAUUGUUGAACCAAAUAACAAUUCUGUUGUCUUUUUUUGACGUAAGUUUAUUUAGCACUUGAUGAACAUAAUUUAUGUUAUACGAUAACUCAAACAGUUAAAGUUAUUUUCAUUAUAAAAUUACUUGGAUCAUAGAUCUGGUUUCUGGUUGAUUUGUUUCACACAGGAAUUUUUUUAUUCAUAAUUAUUUAUUUAUCUUUUUUCGCUUUUCCUUUUGUGCUGUUCUAUCAUCUAGAAAUCAAGGUCUGCAACUCAAUAUAUCCAUUGGCCUUCCCAAGGAAAAUCAUUUUUCUCUAUCCUUUUAUUGAGCCUCUGGGAAAGGUUUGGUCUCAGAGCCCAUAUUCUAUUGAAUGAGGCCAGCAACAUCGUCGCUUGGGAAAUGUUCACUUUUAUUUUUUAUUUUCACUGGCCGGUUUAUAUUUAGAAAUAUUUGGAUUGCUUAUGUUCGAUUCAUCAACAUUUUGGCGACAUAGGAAUUUGCAAAUUGUCAUUACUCUUCAUUCAAGUCUAGGGAGUGACGUUUUGUGCGCUCGAGGAAUGUGAUACGAUGAAACUCUGUUGCCGGGCCACGUGGGUUUGAGGCGGCGACGAAUGAGAAGCUGAGCGCGUCGUUUAAACUGAAUAUUUCUUUUCUGUGGGGGCACUGGCGACUGGAAUGGAACACAUGAAUCAUGAACGUGGGAUGCAUGGCCCAGCCAACAUAACCUUAAAUAUUGUUUUUUAAUUGUUUUCUCUUGAAUCGUUAUUUUUGUCUUGAAAAAUGGUGAGGAAGUUGAAACAUCAUGAGCAGAAACUGCUCAAGAAAGUGGAUUUUAUAUCCUGGGAGGCGGACAAUAACUUACACGAAGUGAAAAUUAUGAAGAAAUAUAGAAUUCCCAAGAGAGAGGAUUACACAAAAUAUAACAAAUUAGCCCGCGAAAUUCGCGAAGUAGGUCUAAAAAUCAAAGAUGUUGACGCUGAGCACCCAUUUAGGAUUGAGAACAGUGCAACUCUGUUGGAGAAAUUGUAUAUGAUGGGAUUGAUAGCAACAAAAUGGGAUUUAUCACAGUGCCAGAAGGUCACAGCUAGCAGCUUUUGUAGGAGACGACUGCCGGUCGUUAUGGUCAGGAAUAAAAUGAGUCAAACUAUAAAAAUGGCGACACAGUUAAUCGAACAAGGACAUGUACGUGUGGGCACCGACGUUGUUAAAGAUCCUGCAUUCCUGGUUACUCGAAAUUUGGAGGAUUUUGUAACAUGGGUGGACUCCUCGGCGAUCAAAAGACAUGUUUUGGACUACAACAAUAUUAGAGACGACUUCAGUCUGUGAAUAUCCAUCAUCGAGCUUUCGCACUGGGACAUAUUAUGGAAUUGAACGUUGUAAAAUUUUGUAAUUAAAUACAAGCUUUCAUAGAA